UUAACACAUACACAACCAUUGGCUGUACGGAAUAACCCAGAGGCCAGCUGGGCAAACAACCCAGCAAGAGAGAAAAAAAAAAAAAACCUGACCGGUCAAACUUCCAUCCUUUAUCAUAACGUUACAUAGGAGCGUCGUUUAUUGUUGAAUUUUAUACACAAGUUUUCAGUACAUCAUUAAAUUAUAUUACAAUUGAAAUGAAAACGAGAGGAACCAACAAAAAAAAAUUGAUACCUGCAAUGGCGGCAACGGAAGAACCGCCGAGUAAAAAAACUAAAUAUUCCAAACUCCGCAAUAAAAUACCAGAAGAAGAAAUGGAUGUUGAUAUUGAUCCAGACUUAACUCUUCCUGUUGCGAUUAAAAACGAAGACAUUAAAGCAAUUGACUAUUUAUUGAAUAAAAAAGUUGACGUUAACAUUAAUCAAGAAUCUUCUCCACCAGCUCUUCAUUUAGCCGUCCAAACAAAAAACUUGGAGAUAAUUAAUAAGUUAGUUGACCAUAAAGCCGACAUUAGCAUUAUUUAUAAACAUAAAACAGCUUUACAUCUUGCUGUUGAGCAAGGGAACAAAGCAAUGGUCGAAAUACUUCUAAAAACUAAAGAAAAUAAAAGUAAAGUUGACGUAAAAGUUAAAGGUCGUCAUCCGACACCUCUUCAGGCAGCUAUCAAGUCCGGUAACUUUGAAAUAUUAAAACUGUUAAUAAACUCUGGGGCUAAUAUCAUUAAAAUUAUUCGUGAAGAUAAUUUACUGCACUACACAGCCCAAAACAAUACUGUAGAAAUAGCUGAGUAUUUAAUUGGCCAAAGAGCUAAAGUUGAUACUGACAUGAAAAAUAAAUCGUCGCCAUUUUAUCGUUGCACGCCUUUACACGUCGCCAUUAAUUGUGGAAGUUUUGAAGUGGCUCAAUUACUAAUAAAUAAACAAGCCAGCGUUCACACUGAGACAGCAUGUGGUAAAAAACCUUUAGACUUAGCCAUCGAAAAAGGUAAUUAUCGGAUAUUCAAAUUAUUAGUUGACUCCGGAGCGACUGUGGAUUUGACUUACAAAAAUAUGAAUCGAUUACAUUGGGCAGCUUAUCAUAAUUCAUUAGAAAUUGCUCGGUAUUUAUUUUCUAUAGGAGAUGACAUUAAUUUUAGAUGUUUCCACAGCCGGUCGUACUUUUAUCAGUAUACUCCAUUAUAUGUUGCCAUUCAGCAAGAAAGUGUCAAAGUUGCUCAAUUCCUAAUUAGUAAAGGUGCUAAUGUUAAUAUUUGUGGAAAAAACGGCGAAACACUGCUUACAAUUGCUAUUGAAAAAAAAAAUUCUGAACUAUUUCAGUUACUCUUAGAUGCUGGAGCUGAAAUAAAUGAUUGCCCGAAAAAAAUUUUACCUUUACAUCAAGCUGUCGCUGUAAAGAAUAACGACGUUACGAAAUUUUUGCUAAAACGUGGAGUUGAUGUUGACGUAGUUUGUAAACGUCCAGUGUCAAAAUAUUCAAAUUUCACUCCGCUGCAACUUGCAGUAAGCACAGAAAAUUUGGAAAUCGUAAAUUUACUACUGAAACAUAAAGCUAAUGUUAAUAAAAGCACUAAAAAAUUAGGAUCAGCCAUCGGAAUAGCUGUGGAUAGAAAUAAUUAUGAAUUGUACGAGUCGUUAGUAAAAGCCGGUACAGAUAUUAAUAAACCUUCGAAUAUGACUCUGUUACAUAGAGCUGUUGAUGCAAACGGUUAUCGUAUAAUUAAUGAUUUAAUUACACGCGGUGCGAAUGUUAAUGCAAUUAAUAGAUCUGAAACUUCAGAGUACUACGGAUGCUCACCGUUACACAUUUCGAUUAUGAAGGGGGAUAAAAAAAUGGCAACAUUGCUCAUUAAACAACAUGCAAAAGUUGAUGAUGAAAAAUUUAUGAAAACUCCACUUGGUAUCGCUUGCGAGUGCCGUAAUUUUGGAUUAGUCAAGAUACUUGUCAACGCAGGUGCUGAUGUUAAUAAAAUUUCAAACAAAGCGAUGCCGUUGUAUUGGGCCGUUGGUAAACAAAACUAUCAAAUUGUUAAAUAUUUAAUUGAUUGCAACGCUCAUGUUAACAUUAAUUAUCGAGGCACAUCUCUACUCUAUCACGCUGUGGAAAGUGGAACUAUAGAAAUAGUUGAGCUUUUGCUUAAAAAUGGUGCCGAAGUAAAUGCAAUCAAUGAUUCUGGUGACACAGCUCUUACUGCAGCUGUUAAGAAUAAUAAUUUGGAGCUGAUGAAAAUUCUAAUCAAUGCCGGAUCUCAGGUAAAUUUAAUGAAUUACCGUAUUUAUUCACCAUUACACUGGGCCGUUGAGCGUCGCAACUAUAGCACGACUCAAUAUUUAAUCGAACAAGGAGCUGAAGUUAAUAGCAUUUGCUUAGAUGAAACACCACUGACUAUUGCUUGUUACAACGGUAGAACAGAUAUAGCUGAGCUUUUGAUUAAAAGUGGAGCUGUCGUUGAUGAUGAUGAAAGAUUAUAUAUGACAGCUCUCGGCAUAGCUUGUAAGCAGGCUAAUUUUGAUUUAGUUGAAUUGCUAGUAAACUUUGGAGCGAGUGUUGAUCUUCGUUCCGAUGAUGCGACGCCGUUAUAUUGGUCGGUCAGUUCAAAAAAUUUUGAAAUAACGAAGUAUUUAAUUGAUCAUGGAGUUAAAGAUAUCGAUGCUAUUUCUCGGGGUACUACUCCGUUGCUCUUAUCUAUUGAACAUCAAUACAUAGAAAUAGCUGAACUAUUGCUUGAACAUCGAGCUGAAGUUAAUAUACUUGAUAAAAAAGGUGCAACAGCUCUUGGAUUGGCUAUCAAGACUCGUAAUUUGAAAUUAAUUGAACUUAUAUUACAUGCUGAGGGUACAGAUGUGAAUGCUCUGUGUUACGGUUAUCAAACGCCAUUAGAAAUCGCGGUGCAACAGCAAAAUAUAGCGUUGAUGAAAUUAUUGAUUAAUCAUCGAGUUAAUUUUGAUUUUACAACUAGAGGAGACCAGAAUUUUAUUUUUUAUCUUUUAAAAGAAGGAAAUAUCGAAAUGCUCAAGCUAAUACCUGAAACUGUUGACAUUAAUUGCAGAAAUAUUGAUGAUGAAACACUUUUAUUUGCUGCUAUUCAACAAAAAUCAUUAGAAAAAAUUGAAUUUAUUCUUAUGAGAGAAGAUUUUAUUAGUAUUAACGAUAUCACGGAUAACGAGUCUGCGCUUCAUUGGGCUGGUAAAUUCGAGAACGAGUUGAUAGUAAGAAUUUUAUUAAAUGCUGGUGUUGAUGUUAAUAUUGUUAACUGGGCCGAUCGUACAGCUGCAAAUACAACUGGCGGUAUAAUCAAAACAAUUAUCAAAACACAUAUAAUUAAAUUAAAAGCUGCUGGUUGUUAUUUAAGAUGUCUAAAUUUAUGGGCGACCGCUCAUGACGCAAAAUUAGAUAAUUUACAUAUUGAAUGUUUAGAAGAAAUUGAACUGAUGAAAAAUUUAAAAAUUGAUAAGACUAUUAUGAGUUACUAUGAUGUUAUACGUAUGAAUCAACAUAAAAUCGCGGUUAAAUUAAAUAAUUUUAACGGUAAAACUUUAAACGAAGAAGAGUUGCAGCUACAAUUCCCUUUGUAUGGUCGGAUGAUUUACUAUCGUUUAAUUAAAAGCUUACAAAGGAAUAAAUUGUUAAAUAUAAGUACUAAUGUAUUUGAUAAACUGCUUUCUGGUCAACUACCGAUUGAUAUUAUAAGAGAAAUUAAUCGUUAUUUAAAUAACAGAGAUCUCAAAAUGUUAUCUCUGUGCUAACAAAUAAUUUUUUUUU